AUGUCUUCAUCUUUCGAGAAACACUUAUCCAAACCGGUAUUUAGAGACAUUCCAUUGUCAGCCCAAGAAUGGAAAGAACAAUUGUUCGUUAAUCCACGUAAAGAAAUUCAAUUGUUAAAUAAAAAUAAUGAUUCAAUUGAUAAUGACGAGAAUCAUAAUUACGAAACUACAAUUGAACUACGAAACGAAGGUACAGAUUAUUCUGAAUCAAAUUCCUCAACAAAGGACAAGUUAGACCAUCAAGAACAUGUAUUAGAAAAAUGUGAUUCUGAUAAAGGCAGUAAUUCAAGAUUCAAACCAAAUUAUUGGGCUUUAAUUACUUCCGGUUCUGGUUUAUUCUCUGAUGGUUAUAUUAAUGCUUCAAUUGGUACUGUCUCUUUAUGUUUGAAAAGAAUCUAUGGUGACAGCUAUACAAAUUCAAACGCUAUUAAGAAUGUUUCUUCAAUUGCAUUUGCAGGUACUGUAUGUGGUCAAUUAAUUUUUGGUCACCUUGCUGAUAAUUAUAGUCGUAAAUUUGCCAUGCUUUUGGGUACCUCAAUGUUGAUUUUAUUUUCCAUCUUAUGUGCUGGUGCUUGGGGUGUCGGUACUUCAAACACAGUUCCUGGUGGUUUAUUCGCUGCUAUUACAGCUUAUAGAUUCUUUUUAGGUAUCGCAAUUGGUAGUGAAUAUAGUAGUAGCUCACCUGCUGCUGCUGAAGCUGCAAAUUCCUUACCUGCAGACAAGAGAAAUAGAUGGUUUAUUUGGUUUACUAAUUUUAUGAUUGAUUUUGGUUUCGUUGUCGCAGCUUUUGUUCCUUUGGUUUUGGUUUGGAUAUUUGGUGAAAAUAACCUGUCACCUGUCUGGAGAUUAACUAUUGGUCUAGGUGCAAUCCCUCCAAUAUCAUUAUUCUUUAUGAGAUUAAAAUUUAAAGAAGCUGAAAGUUUCAAAAAGACAAAAUUUGCUUCGCAUCCUCCAUACUGGCUAGUAUUUAAAUUUUACUGGUUUAGAACAUUAGUUAUUGGUCUAAUUUGGUUUGUCUAUGAUUUCUCUACUUAUGCAUUUGGUACUUAUUCUUCCUUAAUCAUUGAAGCCAUUAUCGGUAAAGAACCCCCAUUAACUCAAACCCUUGGUUGGAACGUUGUCUUUAACGUAUUUUAUUUGCCUGGUGCAUUCUUAGGUGCUUUAUUCGCUGACUAUUUUGGUGUCAGAUUGACUUUAUCUGUUGGAUUAAUCGUUCAAGCAAUUAUUGGGUUUGCUAUGGCUGGAUCCUUAGAACACUUGAAAAAGAACGUCGCAGGUUUUGUUGUCAUUUAUGGUGUCUUCAUUACUUUGGGUGAAUUCUCUGCUGGUGACAAUAUUGGUUGUAUUGCAUCCAAGGCCAAUGCUUCUCCAAUUAGAGGUCAAGUCUAUGGUAUCAGUGCUGCUAUAGGUAAAGUUGGUGCUUUUAUAGGUACUUACAUUUUCCCAAUCAUUAUUAAUAAUGCAGGUGGUGCUGACACCACAUCAGGAUUACAGGCUCCAUACUACGUUUCUUCAUCAUUGUGUAUCUUCUCUGCUGUUUUAGCUUUCUUCUUGUUACCAGCAUUAGAUCCUCAAAGUGUCCUUGAUGAAGAUGCCAAAUUCGUUAGUUACCUACAAAGUCAAGGCUAUGACGUUUCAUCCAUGGGUACACAUGACACUGAUGACGAGUCUACUACUGAUUUGGAAAAAUAG